CACCGUUCCUGAACACGUUCUCUUGCGGCGCGAAGUGACGUAAACAUGGCGCUUAACCUCACUGUCAAGGUGCAUCCCGUGGUUUUAUUUCAAAUCGUCGAUGCGUACGAGCGACGGAAAGCGGAAUCCUUGCGGGUUAUUGGAACCUUAUUGGGUACCGCGGAGAAAGGCAUUGUCGAGGUAACCAACUGCUUCUGCGUGCCGCACAAAGAAUCUGAGAGCCAGGUAGAGGCCGACCUCACCUAUGGCAUGGACCUGUACGACUUGAAUCACAGAGUCAACGCGCAAGAGAAUAUCGUCGGCUGGUGGGCCACCGGCAACGAGGUUACUACGCAUUCGUCCGUCAUACACGAGUAUUAUGUGCGAGAAUGUAACAACCCAGUGCAUUUGACCGUCGACACCACGUUACUGAAUACUACGAGAAUGGCGAUUAAAGCUUACGUGUGCGUCCCGUUGGGAGUGCCCAAUGGCAAGCAAGGGUCCAUGUUCACUCCGGUUAAAGUACAGAUUACAUGCUACGAACCUGAGGUCGUAGGACUGCAGUUAUGUUCCAAGACUCAAUUGCAGUCCCACGUACAGCCGCCCAGCAUGAAAUCCGGCGGAGGAAUCGAGCCCAUGAUGGACCUCGCCCAAGUGUCGGAGGCUUGCUCCAAGCUCUCUUUAAUGCUGGAGCAAGUGCUCGCGUAUGUCGACGAUGUUUUGGCUGGGAAACAAUUGCCGGAUAAUCAGGUUGGCAGAGCACUCUUGGACAUGGUGCAUUCCGUGCCGAAGAUGUCCAGCGAUCAGUUCGACGAGAUGUUCAACAGUAACGUGAAGGAUCUUCUGAUGGUGGUCGCGUUGUCACAGUUGAUCAAGACGCAGUUGCAACUCAACGAAAAACUCACGCUACUUACGACCCUGUAAAAAUGCCUGACUGCAUUGUGUAUAAAAGGAGAUUCAAUAAUAACGACGAUUUCUUGUAUA